UAACUGAUAAAGAUGAGUUAGGCAGUGACUGUAUUGACGUGUAAAGAAUCAAAAGAAACGAGAAGUAAACUACUCAAAAGGUAUGAGGUGGGGCCUGGUUUUGAAGUAUUGAAGAAGAAGGUAGCAGAGAUAUUUUGAGGAUGUGCCUAUCAAAGACAUCCAUUUGCCCUUUGGGCUCUGCCAAGGACCAAACUUCUCUAAUUUAUGCAUCAAAAAGCAAUCAAAUACUUGAGCCAGCAAAGAAACAUGUAAACAAAUGAGAUUCCCAUGUGGGUCAGACCAUACAGAUCAUAGUUGAUAUGGCCACACAUUCCAACGCACAUAUAUUAUUUCAAUAAUUCGCCUUGAACGAUAGCACUUCAAUUAUCAGUUGUACUGCAUAUAUACAAUUUACUAACCUUUUGAUGAAAAAGCUUCACUUUUUCAUCAACCAUGUGGAGUAGCCUUCCUCUUGAUGUUCUUGCCAACAUCUUCUCCUUCCUCUCCCCAGACUCCUUGGCACGAGCUAGAUCGGCCUGCAGGCAUUGGCACGAGUGCGUCGAUACUCGCCCCUUGAGCACCAAGCCAAUUCUUUCGCAGUAUCAUCCCUCAUGGUUCAUCGCCUUGCCUUUGCGAGCACACAAGCUAUGUUUUGCUCACAAUCCAAUUUUUGACAAUUGGCAUAAGCUCUCACUGGAAUUUCUUCCUGAUUUAGUCAAACCAAUUGCCACAGUUGGUAAUCUUCUGCUUUUAAGAUCCGUAAGUUCUGUUGUUCUACAAUUGAUCAUAUGCAAUCCAUUCACUAGUCAAUUCCGGUAUCUUCCAAGGCCGAACAUCACUAGGAGUAAUCCGGCUGUGGGGGUUGUAAUACAAAACACAAGCCAAGAUUCUCAGUUUCCAGAAUUCGAAGUCUAUGUAGCAGGUGGGAUGUCAGAGGCACCACAAGGUGGCACCACUUAUGAAUCAAAGUUGGAAAUAUAUGAUUCAAGAAACGACUCAUGGAAAAUUGUAGGAUCACUGCCAGUGGAAUUUUCCGUGAGGCUAACAGUCUGGACUCAUAAUGACAGUGUCUACUCUAAUGGGGUUUUGUAUUGGAUAACCUCUGCAAGGGCAUUCAGGGUGAUGGGGUUUGAGAUUAACUCAAACAUUUGCAGGGAAUUGCAGGUGCCAAUGGCUGACCGACUUGAAUUUGCCGCACUUACAAGCCGAAAUGGAAGGCUAGCAUUAGUUGGUGCCAUAUGCGGUGAAAACGCCUGCGUUUGGGAGCUUGGAGAUAGAGAUAUGUGGGCAGUGGUUGAGAAGGUGCCAAAUGACUUGGGAAUAAAACUUCUAGGAGGAAGCAAUGGAAGAUGGAUAAACACCAAGUGCGUAGCAAACAAUGAGGUUAUGUGCUUGUACAAGGAGCUUGGAAGUGGAAUGGUAAUUUGGAGAGAAAGAAAAGAGAAGAACAAAUGGGAAUGGAAUUGGAUCAAUGGAUGUUCUUCAAUUAGAAGCCAAAGAGUUGAUAACUUGCCAAUAAAAGGACUGCUUCUUCAACCAAGCCUUGCUCCUUUUGCACCGUACUCAAAUUGAAUAAUCAGAGUACAAUUUGGAGCUAUAUCAUCAGGAAUGGCCCAUGAGGAGAAGGUCAGAAUCCACAGAAACUUGAAGAAAUUGAUGUUGUAAAAAUGGCCAAAUCACCAACCAAUCUAUUUUAUAACACAAUAUCAUGUCAAGUAUGUACACCUUUUUAUUCUAAAUAAGUAGAAUCAGUCAAUAACUGCCUCACGAACUGGAAUGGCUUGUGAAGAGCUCUGAAAGAAACAUUUUCAGAAGACC